CUCUGAAACACAUCAAAGUCUAUGUAGAGAAAGAAUAUAAAAAGCCUUGAAAUUAUUUUCGAAUCUUAAGAUGAACAUCCGUGUGGCACGUCCGGCGGACCUGUUGGCCAUGCAACACUGCAACGUGCUGUGCCUGCCCGAGAACUACCACAUCAGGUACUAUUUUCUGCACAUCAUCAACGGUCCGCAGUUAUGUUAUGUGGCCGAGGACGAAAAAGGUCGCAUCGUGGGCUAUGUCUUGGCCAAGAUGAAGGACCUGGAUCCCAAUGGUGGCGAGUAUCAGUCUAAGAUUGGAAACAUCACUUCCUUAGCCGUCAAACGGUCCUACCGCCGUCUCGGCCUGGCCCAAAAACUGAUGCAGCAAUCCUUCCGGGCCAUGGAGGAGUGUUUCCAGGCCGACUUCGUUACGCUGCAUGUCCGGGUCACCAAUCGGGCUGCCUUGAGUCUGUAUACCCGUAUCCUGAAUUUCCAGACCGUGGGUGUAGAAACGAAGUACUAUGCCAAUGGCGAGGAUGCUUAUAUUAUGAGGCUGGAUAUUUCUGGAAAAGGCGAUAUCAUGGAGCACAAGUCCAUCAAAAUAGAGGAAAACAAAGGCGACGGAGACAAGGCUUCCAAGAAAGGAUGUAGCUGCAAUCAUUGUGGCCAUGAUGGUCACUGCUUUUAAUCCUUUUUUUUUCCUUGUUGAGUACCAAGCUCUACAGCAACUCUUCCAUUUAAAAGU